AUGACACCGAGGGGUCCAAGAAGACACCGAGGGUUCGAGAAGGACACCGAGGGUCCAAGAAGAACACCGGAGGGUCCGAGAAGACACCGGAGGUCCGAUAAGGAAACCGGAGGGUCCGAGAAGGAAAUCGAGGGUCCGAGAAGGACACGAGAGAAGGACACCAAGGGGCCCGAGACGGACACCGAGGGCCCGAGAGAACACCGAGGGCCCGAGAAUGACACCAGGGGCAAAAAUGACACCGAGGGGCCCGAGAAGGACACCGAGGGACCGAGAAAGACACCGGGGUCCGAGAAAGGACACCCAGGGGUCCGAGAAGGACACCGAGGGUCCGGAAGGACAUCCGAGAAGGACACCAAAGAGUCCGAGAAGGACACUAAAGAGUCCGAGGUCACCGAGGGGUCCGAGAAAAACCGCGAGGGGCCCGAGAAGGACAGCGAGGAGUCCGAGAAGGAAACCGAAAGGUCCGCGAAGGACACCGAGAGGUCCGAGAAGGACACCGAGGGGCCCGAGAAGGACACCGAGGGGCCCGAGAGGGACAUCGAGGGGCCGAAAGGGACCGAGGGCAAGAGGUCCGAGAAGGACAAAGAGGAGCCCGAGGACACCGAGGGGCCCGAAAAGGACACCGAGGGGCCCGAGAAGGACACGAGGGCCCGAGAAGGAACCGAGGGGCCCGAGAGACACCGAGGGCCCGAGAGGGACACCGAGGGGCCCAAGAAUUACACUGAGGGGCCCAAGAAUGACACCAAAGGCCCCGAGAAGGACACCGAGGGGGUCCGAGAAGGACACCGAGGGUCCGAGAAGGGAGGUCCGAGGAGUCCGAGAAGGACACCGGGGGUCCGAGAGGACACCGGGGACACCGAGGAGCCCGACGACACCGAGGGGCCCGAAAAGGACACAAAGGGGCCCGAAAAGGACACCGAAGGGCCCGAGAAGGACACCGAGGGGCCUGAGAAAGACACCGAGGGGCACGAGAAGGACACCCAGGCCCGAGAAGGACCGAGGGGCUCGAGAGGGACACCGAGGGGCCCGAGAGGGACACCGAGGGGCCCGAGAGGGACACCAGGGCCCGAGAAGGAACCCAGGGCCCGAGAGGGACACCGAGGGGUCGAGAGACACCGAGGGCCCGAGAGGGACACGAGGGGCCGAGAGGACACCGAGGGGCUCGAGAGGGACACCGAGAGGGACACCAAGGGGCCCGAGAAGGACACCGAGGGGCCCGAGAAUGACACCGAGAGGCCCAAAAAUGACACCGAGGGGCCCGAGAAGGACAGCGAAGGCGAGGGGCCCAAGAAGGACAAAGAGGGGUUCGAGAAGUACACCGAGGACAGACAGCGAGGGUCCCAGAAGGACACCAAAGAGUCCGAGAAGGACACCAAAGAGUCCGAGAAGGACACCAAAGAGUCUGAGAAGGAAUCCAAAGAGUCCGAGAAGGAAUCCAAAGAGUCCGAGAAAGACACCAGAGAGUCCGAGAAGGAAAGCGAGGGGCCCGAGAAGGAAGGCAAGGGGCACAAGAAGGACAAAGAGCUGUUCGAGAAGUACACCGAGGACAGUGAGUGGUCCGAGAAGGACACCGAGGGGCCCGAGAAGGACACCAGGGGCCGGAAGGACACCGAGGGGUCGAGAGGACACCGAGGGGUUCAGAGGGAGAGGGGACAACCGAGGGCCGAGGUGAGGACACCGAGGGUCCGAGAAGGUACGCGAGGGGUCCGAAGAAUGGACAGCGAGGGUCCAGAAGGACACCAAAGAGGUCGAGAAGGACACCAAAGAGUCCGAGAAGGACACCAAAGGAGUACUGAGAAGGUAUACUCCAAUAGAGUCCAGAGAAGGGCAAUCCAAAGAGUCCCGAUGAAGGGACACCAGAGAGUCCGAGAAGGAAGCGAGGGGCCCCGAGAAGGGAAGGCAAGGGCACAAGAGAGUGAACAAAGAGUAGUUUCGAGUAGUAUUUUACACCUAGAUGGCGUGACAGUGGUACCACCGAAGCGAGCUCCUCUGAGAGGGACAUCCGAGGGGCCGAUAGGGACACCAGGGCCCGAGAAGGACAGCCCCAAGGGGGCACAAGAGAGGGACCACCGAGAGAGGUCCGAGAGGGAGCCACCGAUGGGGCUCCGAGAGGGACACCGUUGGGCCGCGAGUAGGUGGAUUACCGUAGUUGGGGCAUCUGAGAGGGACACGAGAGGCCCGAGCAGGGGACACCAAGGGCCCGAGAAGACACCGAGGGGCCCGAGAAUGACACCGAGAGCCCAAAAAAUGACACGAGGGGCCCGAGAAGGACAGCGUGGGGUUCCUGAGAGGACAGCCAGGAUCGGAGAAGGACACCGAAAUCCAAAGAGUCGUAGAGAAAGACACCAGAGAGUCGAGAAGGAAAGCCCGAGAAGGAAGGCAAAGGGGCACCAAGAGAGGACAAAGAGCUGUUCGAGAAGUACCACCGAGGACAGUGAGGGUCGAGAAGGACACCGGGGUCCGAGAAGGCACCGGGGGCCGAGAAGACACCGAGGGGCUCCAGACGAGGGACACCGAGGGGCCCCGAGAGGAGCGACACGAGGGGCCCGAGAGGACACCGAGGGGCCCGAAGAGGGACACGAGGGGCCCGGAGGCAUCGAGGGGUCCGAGAAGGACACGAGAGCCGACGACACCGAGGGGCCCGAAAAGGACACAAAGAGGCCGAGAAAGAGGGGCCGAGAAAGGACACCGAGGGGCCUGAGAAGGACACCGAGGGGCCUGAGAAGGACAAGUCUCCGAGGGACACCGAGGGCCCGGAGAUGGACACCGAGCGGCCCGAGAAGAACACCAAGGGGCCCGAGAAGGACACCGAGGGGCCCGAGAAGGACUCUGAAGGGCCUGAGAAGGACACCUAGGGGCCGAGAAGGACACGAGGGGCCCCGAGAAAGACACCGAGGGGCCCGGGAAGGACACCGAGGCCGAGAAGGACAGCCUGAGCGGACGAGAAGGACGAGGGCCGAGGGGCUCGAGAGGGACACCGAGGGGCCCGAGAGGGACACCCCCCGAGGGCCCGAGGGGGACACGAGGGGCCCGAGAGGACACCGAGGGGGCCGAGAGGGACGACCGAGGGGCCGAGAAGGGACACCGAUGGGGCCAAAGAGGGACACCCGAGGGGCCCGAGAGGGACACGGAGGGCCCGAAGAAGGACACCGAGGGGACACCGAGGGUCCGAGAAGGAGAGGUCAGGACACCAAAGAGUCGAGAAGACACCAAAAAGCGAGUCGAGAGGACACCAAAGAGUCCGAGAAGGACACCAAAGAGUCCGAGAAGGACAUCGAGGGGCCCGAGAAGGAAGGCGAGGGGCCCAAGAAGGACAAAGUGGGGUUCGAGAAGUACACCGAGGACAUGAGUGGUCGAGAAAGGGACACUGAGGAGUCCGAGAAGGACACCGGGGGGUCCGAGAAAGAAACCGGGGGGUCCGAGAAGGAAACCAAGGGGCCCAAGAAGGACACCGAGGGGCCCAAGAAGAGACAGCGGGGUCCGAGAGGACACCGAGGGGCCCUAAGACACCUAGGGGCCAGCGAAGGACACCAACGAGUCCGAGAAGGAAACCUAGGAGUCCGAGAAUGA